AUGAGAAGAAACUCUCACGUCCAGUUCUGCAGUAGAGAUGGAAUUACAAAGGAACCAUCAACUAUAACCCCAAAAGAACUCGAUUCCGUAAACAACAUAGAGGAAGAAUGAAGGGAAUAUCUUAUCGGGGUAAUCGUAUUUGUUUCGGAAGAUAUGCUCUUCAGGCACUUGAACCCGCUUGGAUCACGUCUAGACAAAUAGAAGCCGGGCGACGAGCAAUGACACGAAAUGCACGUCGCGGUGGAAAAAUAUGGGUCCGCGUUUUUCCUGACAAACCUGUUACAGUAAGACCCGCAGAAACCCGUAUGGGUUCGGGGAAAGGAUCUCCCGAAUAUUGGGUAGCUGUUGUCAAACCAGGUCGAAUACUUUAUGAAAUAAGCGGAGUAGCAGAAAAUGUAGCCCGAAGAGCUAUCACAAUAGCGGCAUCAAAAAUGCCUAUACGAACUCAAUUCAUUAUUUCAGGAUAAGAAUAUAGAACUAAAGGAAAUGGAUCUUUUGGAUAACACCAAGUGGAAGUUUUUUUGGACAAACAAUAUUUCUUUUUCACCUUUUGCAUUUAGUUUUGCAUUGAAAGAACAGAUAAAAAUAAAAUAUGAUUCAACCUCAGACCCUUUUG